CAUAGGUGAUUGUUGCAUUGUAAUAGUCAGUUGCCGCAUUUCAGUGAAGACAAUGAACACUUACACAAUUUUGUUAAGAGUUGGCAUCAGCCAAUGUGUACUUUUCUCAGUUUUGUGUUACGUUUUUGUAACACUGGGCUGCACACUUACCACCGAGAGUUUAAGCUACUAUCACAUUGAACGGAAUGUAUUUUACGUAACAGCCGGUUAUUUUCUGGUACCUCUGAUAUUUUCUGUUAUUCUUUUGUUGGGAGUGUUAAAGGAAAUACUCCUGUUGGUGAGGGUGUGGAUCUUAUCAAGUAUAUUGAAUGCAGUUCUCCUCUUCUGCCUCCUGUUAACAGCUUCGAUACGUAUAUCACGCUUCGUUGCAGCUCCUUGGGCGAUACUUUUGAAUGUACUUCCUGUUUUACUAAUUUGGUGGAUGUCAGACAAUACCGUUGUCGUUGUAGAAUGCUAUAAACACCAAGAACACACGAGAAAGCAAACGAAGAUUAAAAAAGAUUUCAUUUCACGUGUAUUAAUAGUGUAGAGUUACAACCUAAUGAUCUUAUUUAUUCGCUUGAUAUAAAAAGGGAAGUGGGAAAGUAUUUCCCUUGUUGUGCUGAAUGCCCUAAUCAUAGCAGGGUAGCUGAGACGACUUCUGUUUUUCGAGAUGUUAAGUAUGCUUUAAACUAAUAUUACCAACAAAUUAGCCUACUACGUACUUUGAUACGCAUACGCUAAUAAAGCUCUCAAUAAACAAUUACAAUUGUAUUACU